UCCUGGCAGAACGAUGCUGUCGCAUCUGUGUCGAGCCGAACUGUGGUCGAGUCGCAAGAGAAAAGAACAGCCAUUAUCCCCGAACGUCUUCAGUUGCAACAAUCUGCAUGGGAGCGAUCUUUCCAGCAGCGAAGAGGAAAACAACUAUCAUGACGAUGGAGAAAGCAGCGACUCCUCAUCACUUAGGAGCUGCUGUUCAGCUGAGCUGCAGAAGGAAGAAAGCAGUGACUGUUCAUUACUGGGGUGCUGCAGUCGCUGUUUCUGCUGCUGCUGCCGCUGCUGCUGCUGCUGGUGCUGCUGCUGCUGCUGCUGCUGCUGCUGCUGCUGCUGCUGCCAAAAUGCCGACCAGGCGCAGCAGCACGCCAUGGUAGUCAUGCAAUGCGUGCGGCUGCUGGGCAGUGGGCCAUUGUUGCCUAUGGGUACGCUGGUGACCGCUCUGUACCGGCACAGGAAAUGGAUCUGCGUGCAGACACCACACGGCGUGCGCGGAUUCAUACGCCACGAAAGCUGUGCCCCACUGGGCACCCUGCUCCCAGCCAACACAGGCCGCCGCCGGAGUGUCCGGAAUGACAACCUGACGCGCAACCUUGAGCCGCACUGCGUCGCUGACAAGCAGUUUCUUGAGAAGGACGUCGAUACAUUCGUCCAGACCAUCAUCAAUGCAGCGAGCGCGAGCAGUAUUUGCUGACAAUGAAAAGUACCGACGCCCUCCGAAGCCUCUUUGUUAUGUCAUUCU